GCUUAUGUCCAAGCUCCCGCAAGACAUGCGGUCUGGAUUUCUGAGACACCUACAACCCCUCGGCAUCCGUGUCCUACGCUGUUAGACUUCGCUAGCUGGCUGGAGUUUGAGCUGCAGAUUCAGGAGUAUGGAUAUGAAUCCCGACCCAGAGAGAACCCGGAAGGUAAAAGGGAGAGACGGAAGGACUCAAAGUAUGGCAGGCCAACCACAGUCCUCCAUGGAGCGGAACAGUCUUCAAGUGGCCCGACUGUCCCAGUAUUCCCAUCCACCAGUGCCAAUCCACAAGGCAAAGUCACUCUGCCCUGCCCAUACUGUACCGAUGCCCUGCAUUACUUGAACCAGUGCAGUAAAUUUAGCCAGCUAACAACUGAGCAGCGGAGAGAUUGGAUCAAGAGAAACAGGCGGUGCUGGCGUUGUGGGUCGCUGUCAUCAGGCCGCACAGUGCAAACUAAAGGCCAGGUGCAAGAAUUGUCAGCCAUAGUGACACCAGCCACAGAGAACACCUCCUGUUUAGUGAGUACCGCCAAUGAAGUUCUCUACUUGGAUAGGCAGUCUGGCUGUAGUCAGGUGCUCCUGAAGGUAACAAAGGUUGUGCUACAUAAUGGAGAGCAGGCCCUGGAGACCUACGCGAUACUGGAUGACGGGUCAGAGCGGACUAUGUUACUUCCAGCCGCUGCUAAAGAGCUUAAACUUAAAGGGGAACCAGAGAGCCUCGCUUUAAGGACUGUGCGCCAGGAUCUUAGAAUUCUACAGGUCACCCCCAAAAAUCCUACAAGAUCAGGAGAGCCUUUACUGCCGAUCAGCUGGGGCUGGCAGAGCACUCACAACCGGUUGAAGACACUCCAGCGCAAAUAUAAACACCUGAAAGGACUCCCUUUGCAAACAUUGGAAUGUGUUCAUCCCAUGGUCCUGAUUGGGUCAGACUACACGCACCUGAUCACGCCAGUGGAACCGGUUCGUAUGGGUCCGCCUGGAGGACCAGCCGCUGUAAAGACCAAGUUGGGCUGGACUAUUCAGGGCCCAACCAAAAUCCUCAGACAAUAUCUCCAGCCACAGCAGUGUCUGCAUAUCGCCACACAGUCACCCUCUGCAGAGCUCCUUCAUCAUGUUGAGAAGCUAUGGCAAAUGGACGUAUUGCCUUAUAGGAGUGAGAAGAUGGUGAUUCGCUCAAAGCUCGAUCAAGAGGCAGUUCGCAUGCUGGAAACCAGGACAGUGAGGGUGGAAGUCGACGGAGUCAAUCGCUACGCCACCCCCUUGCUUCGUGUAAAGAACAUGCCCUGUCUCCGCACCUCCAAGGAUGCUGUACUGGCGAGUCUGCGGAGCACCGAAAGACGUCUGAUGAAAGACCCAAUACGAGCAUCAGCCUAUGCAGCAGAGAUCCUGAAGUUGGAACAGGCAGGGUAUGUGAAGAAGGUAACAGAAGAAGAGCUGAGUUUGUCUACAGAGUCCUGGUUCAUACCUCACCACAUGGUGAGUCAUAAUGGGAAAACACGACUCGUAUUCAACUGCUCCUUUGCAUACAAGGGCUAUAACCUGAAUGAGCUUCUGCUACCAGGCCCCACAUUGACCUCCAGCCUGUUAGGCUGCUGCCAGAAGACAGAUCCCUGCUUUCGUUUUGUUUGGAGGGACCUGAACAAAGAGGCGCCACCCUGCACUUAUGAGUGGCAGGUCCUCCCCUUCGGAACGACAUGCAGCCCCUGCUGUGCAACGUUUGCACUACAGAAACAUGUGACCGACCAUAGCCAGCCAGAGGAGGACGUCAGGGUGGCCGUUGAGCGUUAUUUUUAUGUGGAUAACCACUUACAGAGCCUCUCAUCCCCUACAGCAGCAAGACAGCUGGUUGACAAAUUGAAGAUGUUGUUAGCCUCAGGGGGUUUCGAGCUGCGUCAGUGGACUAGUAACGUUCCAGAAGUUAUCAGUCACCUUCCAAAAGGGGCGAGAUCCGAGAGCAGUGAGUUAUGGUUCACAGAAUCAAUGGAGGAUCCACAGGAGCUCGCACUUGGACUCCGAUGGCUUUGUGCCUCAGACACUCUGGCAUACAAGUGCAGCCUAACUGACCGUCCCACACCUACUAUGAGGAAUAUCUAUAGUACACUGGCACGUCUUUUUGAUCCACUUGGCUUUCUCGUUCCCUUCGCCACGCGGGCCAAAAUCAUUGUCCAGCAAUUAUGGAACAAAGAGAGAGAGUGGGAUGACCCGUCACUGCCAGAUGACGCCCUCAAGGCCUGGAUAACCUGGGAGAAUGAGCUGCAGCACCUUCCAGAGAUUGUCUUGCCACGAUGCUAUUCAAGCCCCCCUCUGGAUCACCCAAGUUCCGUCAGGAGCCUCCACAUAUUCUGUGACGCAUCUGAGAAAGCUUACGGAUCAGUUGCGUAUCUUCGUACGGAGGGUUCAGGUGGUAAAGUGGAGGUGGCCUUUCUGACUGCACGUUCUAGAGUGGCUCCUAAGCGCCAGCAGUCGAUACCUCGAUUAGAGCUAUGUGCGGCGGUGACUGGAGCUCAGUUGGCAAGGUUGUUGCAGCGUGAACUCACCCUGGUACUUCAUGAAGUGGUACUCUGGACAGACUCCACCACAGUUCUUACAUGGCUUCAGUCAGACUCAUGCAGGUUUAAGGUGUUUGUGGGCACCAGGGUCUCCGAGAUCCAGGAGCUGACUGAGGCCCAAGCAUGGAGGUACGUGGAUUCUGGAAAUAAUCCCGCAGAUGACAUUACGCGCGGGAAGACCCUAACGGAGCUGGGGGGGGAGAGCCGGUGGAAGCACGGCCCAGCAUUUCUGCGCAUGUCAUCUGAGUAUUGGCCUACUAAGCCAAAGGCUGAGCAGUUGGACGCCACAGAGCUUCGCAAGGCUACAUUCUGCGGCUCUAUCACCACCACCCCUCUUCCGCCCUUACUUGAUGCCAGUCAAUUCAAUGGUUUCAGGGACAUGUUAGAGGCGGUUGUGAGGUCUCGCCAUGGGGCGGCAGGUAGCAAGUCAACGCCAACUGCACAAGACUAUCGGGAUUCUGAGAGAGAUUUACUGAGGCAAGUCCAGUUAGACUGCUUCGGGGAGGACUUUCAACACCUCUCAGAAGGAAAACCUGUCCCUUCCACCAGCCGGUUGAUUACAUUAGCCCCUGAAUAUGAUGAUCGACUGCAGCUGAUCCGGGUUGGAGGCAGAUUGCGUCGCAGUGACUUGCUGGACACAGAAACCAUUCAUCCGAUAGUUCUGGACCCAGCUCACCAGGUGACUAAACUCAUCAUACAAGAUGCUGACCGUGAUCUUCGUCAUCCAGGCUCAGAGCGACUCUUUGCAGAGCUUCGCCGACGGUACUGGAUCCUUCGGGGAAGAGAAGCGGUGAAGCGGCAUCAGCACUCCUGCCCUGAUUGUCGGAGAUGGAGAGCAAAGCCUGCAGUGCCACAAAUGGCAGACUUACCUCUUGCCCGCCUGCGGUUAAUGAAACCACCUUUCUUCUCUACAGGAACGGAUUGUUUCGGGCCCUUCAUGGUCAAAAUCGGACGGCGUAAUGAGAAGCGUUGGGGUAUAUUAUUUAAGUGCCUUACUACCCGAGCUGUCUACAUAGACGUCCUGACUAGUCUAGACCAGGAUUCCUUUCUGAUGGCCCUCCGCAGAUUCAUCUCACGCAGAGGAAAACCAGCGGAGCUUCUGUCGGACCAGGGCACAAAUUUCAGAGGGGGAGAGAGGGAAAUCCACGAGUCUUUCAAGGCACUGCACCCCACUUUACAAGCAGAACUGGCCAAACAUCAGAUUGAGUUCAGAUUCAACCCUCCAAGUGCGCCUCACUUUGGUGGUGCAUGGGAGAGGGAAAUCAAAUCUAUCAAAGCUGCCCUGUAUGCUACGAUCCAGAUGCAGACAGUGACAGAAGAAGUCCUGCGCACGGUUCUGAUCGAGAUAGAGGGCAUCCUAAACUCUAAGCCCUUGGGGUAUGUAUCCAGUGACGUUGCAGACCCUGACCCAGUAACCCCCAAUCUGCUUGUGAUGGGGCGGCCCGACCCAUCGUUGCCUCAAGUGUUGUAUCCAGAGUCCGAGCUGUUGAGCCGCCGCCGCUGGAGGCAUACGCAGGUCCUCGCUGACCAAUUCUGGAGGACAUUUAUUAGGCACUAUCUUCCUGCCUUGCAGACGCGCACCAAGUGGCAGAAAGAAGUGGCCCCACUACAAUCUGGGGCUGUUGCCAUGAUCGUUGACCCACAACUCCCGAGGGCACUUUGGCCUAUUGGCCGCAUCACUAAGGUUAUCCCAGGUGCAGAUGGGAGGAUUAGGACAGCAGAGAUUCAGGUGAACAACAGAACUUACACCCGGCCAGUUGCCCGUCUUGUUCCACUUCCUGCCAUACCUGAGACAGCACCUGAGACCAAUAGUCCUUCUCUGGGACAGCAAAUUUGACUGUGCAAAUUUGGGGGCGGCUGUAAAGAAGGACUCGUUAUUAAUGUCUUGGUAACGGGGAUCAGCCAAUCAGCGCCUUUGUUUUGGAGUCACGGAGAGGACACCCGUUUUUGCGCGAACUGAUAGGUUUCGUUUUUGAGUUAACGGUGAGAGUGGCCGGGAAGCCCAUCGUAGAUAUUUCUGAGGAGAAUAGUUAAUAAAUCAGUCAUCUGUGCUGUGAUCCGUGCAUGUGUGCGUUCAGAGACAUAACCACACACAUACUGUACAUUCUAAGAAGACAGACAAUCAUCUGUUGGCUGUCAAUAAACCCCUUCAAGAGAGUCAGAGCAUCCAGUUGCAUUCUUACCGAUGCACCACAGUGGUCACUUAUCCCAACAAGCUAUAAUUACAGUCCUAGCUAUCAAGGUCUUCGU